AUGACCAUAGGUCAUGGAAUAAUCUUCUUAACAUUUGCUCAUGAACUGAUUGACGAGUACCAUUUCAUCGAGCAGUCCAAAAGCUGGAGUGAGGCUCAGCAGUACUGCAGAGAGCACUUCACUGACCUGGCCAAAAUACAGAGAGAAGAGGACCUGAGCAGAGUCCACAUCCCGGCUGGUCAGGUGGCUUGGAUCGGUCUUCAUGAUGACCCUGCUGCUUGGUUUAAAGUCAUGACCAACGCCUCAAACUCCUGGAGAUGGUCUGUCACUGGGGCCACCAGCCCUGGAGGCUUCCAGAACUGGAACACACUAGAUCCAGAUAAAUGGCUUGUUCAGAAAGGUGUCAAGCAGUUCAUUCUGGUCAGUGACUAUAGUAGGACAUGGCUCGGCUGCCAGAGCAUGUGCAGACAGAAUUAUCAGAACCUGGCUCAGAUCGAGAGUGCAGAGGAGAACCAGGCUGCGAUGACGGCUUCAGCUGGAGUGGCCUAUGCCUGGAUUGGUCUGUACCGAAACAUAUGGCUCUGGUCGGACCUCAGCAACAGCAGCUUCAGGAAUUGGAAACUUGGAUCACCCGACAACAUGGAUAACAAUGAGCACUGUGUCCUCAUGAAUGAAGACGGCCUAAUGGAGGACGACACCUGCUCUGAACCACAAAGCUUUGUCUGUCAUGAAGAAGAGUAUUGUCCUGACUCAGAGCUCAUGUUUGCAGUGAAACAGAGACGCUCCGUGUUGCAGACACAGAUGAGAAUCCAGACUGACGUGGACCUGAGUGAUGCAGCCGUCUCUGAGCAGCUGCUCAAACUGCUCCAAGAAAGACUCCAGGAGAAAAUCCCUGGGACUGACUUCAAACUGCGAUGGAGCAAGGCACCAGAAAAGAAAGACUCUACAUAA